AUGGCGACGCUCAGUGCUGGGCGUAAGCACAAGGUGACCGUGGUCGGCUCAGGCAAUUGGGGCACCACGAUGGCCAAGCUUGUUGCGGAAAAUGUCAAGGAAAACCCAGGUCUAUUCGAGGAACAUGUACAAAUGUGGGUGUAUGAGGAGGAGGUGACCAUACCCAAGGAGUCGCAGCACUACAAUGGCUCAGAUCAGCCUCAAAAACUGUCUGAGCUCAUCAACAAAGUCCACGAGAACGUCAAAUACCUGCCCAACAUUACACUGCCUCCCAACGUCAUUGCCAAUCCCGACCUCCCUGACUCCUGCAAAAACUCCACAAUACUCAUCUUUGUACUCCCACAUCAGUUUAUUGCCCGAAGCAGCCAGCAACUGGUUGGCAAGAUUCUCCCAUAUGCACGGGCGAUUUGCUGCACAAAGGGUGUGGAUGUCAGCGAAAAGGGUAUCCGGUUGAUGUCGGAGACGAUUGGCAUGACUCUGAACAUCUACUGUGGUGCCUUAUCAGGAGCCAACAUUGCUUCCGAGAUUGCCCAGGAAAAGUACUCGGAGACAACGGUUGCCUAUGACCCUCCGCCCAUGGAUUCGCGCAACCCUACACCCAGCGGUUCGCCAAACGCUUCGCAGGUUGACCUCAUCAAUCCUAGCAAGGUCAAUCCUGGCCCAAGAUCAGCGCAUCUUACGCCUCUGCCAACCGAGUAUCCGGCUCUCUCGCACGAGAAUGUUCGCAAGCUCUUCCAUCGCCCCUACUUCCACGUACAUUUGGUCAAUGAUGUCGCCGGUGUCUCGCUAGGGGGGGCUUUGAAGAACAUCAUCGCCCUGGCUGCUGGUUUCGUAGAUGGACUAGGAUGGGGCGACAAUGCCAAAGCCGCCGUCAUGCGUGUUGGUAUCCUGGAGAUGGUCAAGUUUGGAAAAGCCUUCUUUGGCGAGAGCGCACGCACAAGCACUUUCACAGAGGAGAGCUGCGGUGUCGCAGAUGUCGUUACUUCAUGCAUGGGUGGCCGCAACUUUCGUUGCGCCAAGAUGGCUAUUGAGCGAGGCAAGACCAUCUACGAGAUUGAGCAGUCUGAGCUCAAUGGCCAGAAGCUACAAGGUACGAGCACCGCCUACGAAGUCAAUGAGUUUCUGAAAGCCCAGGGCAUGGAAAAGGACUUUCCCUUGUUCACGGCGGUUUACAACAUUCUAGAGGGCAAGAACAAGCCAGAGGAUAUACCUGACCUUAUUGAGAAGAAGUACUAG